AUGCCGCGGAAAAACAAACCAAUUAUAAAGCUCAAGCUCGGGGACGGUGACACCGGUGGCGGUAGUACGGUGCCGGACAGUGCCGAAGGUGCGACACCGCGCAACCUGGAUAAGCGCGGUACGCUGACGGUAGGCGAGCGAUCGUUCGUCGUCGAGGCGGAUCACCUGCGCAAACUGGCCGACCUCGGCAGGGGUGCGUACGGCAUUGUGGAGAAGAUGCUGCACCAACCGUCCGGCACGGUGAUGGCGGUGAAGCGCAUUACCGUCACGAGCGGUAUGGGUGCGGGUGGUGGCCCCGGGGGCGGUGUUCAGUCGCAAGAGCAGAAGCGUCUGCUGAUGGAUCUAGAUGUGUCAAUGCGGGCGAGUGAUUGUCGGCAUACCGUCCAGUUUUACGGUGCACUGUUCCGCGAGGGAGAUGUAUGGAUCUGUAUGGAGGUGAUGGACACGAGCGUGGACAAGUUCUAUCCGGUGGUGUAUAAACGUCCCGGUCGAACCAUCCCGGAGCGCAUACUCGGCCGGAUUGCGCUGGCUAUCGUGCGUGCCCUGCACUACCUGCACACGGAGCUGCGCGUUAUCCAUCGGGACGUGAAGCCCUCGAAUGUGCUCAUGAACCGACGGGGCGAGGUGAAGAUGUGUGAUUUCGGUAUCUCUGGCUAUUUGGUGGAUUCGGUGGCAAAAACAAUCGAUGCCGGUUGCAAACCGUACAUGGCACCGGAACGUAUCGAUCCGGGAUCCGGAAGCCGAACGGCCGGGUACGACAUCAAGUCGGACGUAUGGUCGCUCGGCAUCACGAUGGUGGAGAUAGCGACCGGACGCUUCCCGUACGCAACCUGGCGGACGCCGUUCGAGCAACUGAAGCAGGUUGUUAAGGACGAUCCGCCCCGGCUGCCAAAGUCGGCUGCCCCGGACUCGGAAGAGUUCAGUGUUGAGUUUCAUGCGUUCACCACCAGCUGCCUGCAGAAGAAGUACCAGCAGAGGGGCAAUUACGAACAGUUGCUGGCGAUGGAGUUUCUGCAACGGUAUGGUGCCGGUGACGAGCAGGCCGACACCAGUGAUAUGGCGGAGUACGUGUGUGCGAUACUGGACGAGCGGGACGGUGUGCCGGCGGCCGGUGACGGUGCUGGCGAGACGGCGGAUUGA